AUGGACAUGGAGGUACAUCUGCUACAGCAAAGUCAGACUUACGAUGCCAUCAAGCAGUUCAUCAAACUAGACUCCAAUGCCUCUCUAAUAGCUGGAGGCAUCGCCGGUGCAGUGUCCAGAACGAUAGUAUCACCAUUUGAAAGAGCCAAGAUCUUGCUACAGCUCCAGGGAGCAGAGGCUCAGAAGGCUUAUCGGGGCAUGUUUCCCACCAUAUGGAAAAUGUACAAGGAUGAGGGCUGGAGGGGCUGGUUCCGUGGAAAUACCCUUAACUGCAUAAGAAUUGUACCUUACAGCGCCGUGCAAUUUGCUGUUUUUGAAGAAGUCAAGUUGUUUUUGCUUAGUAUGAAGCCUGAGGGUCAGAGAACUUUAACCGAAGUUGACCGUCUUGUGGCUGGUUCUGUAGGAGGCAUCUGUUCCGUAGCUGCCACUUAUCCACUUGAUUUGGUGAGAGCCAGGAUUACUGUGCAAACGGCAUCGUUGUCGAAAUUGAACAGGGCGAAGCUUAUCAAAGCUCCAGGGGUUUGGGAUACGCUUCGUGACGUGUACCAGAACGAAGGAGGAUUCUUUGCGCUUUACAAAGGUAUCGUGCCUACAACCAUGGGCGUGGCACCGUAUGUGGCAAUCAAUUUUGCGUUGUAUGAGUACUUGCGUGACUCCAUGAACGCGUCAACUCAAUAUGACUUCAGUAAUCCUCUCUGGAAGUUGAGUGCUGGUGCUUUCAGCAGUUUUGUUGGAGGAGUAUUGAUCUAUCCCCUCGAUUUGCUUCGAAAGCGCUACCAGGUGGCCAGCAUGGCAGGUGGAGAGCUUGGGUUCCAAUAUGGAUCGGUCACACAUGCAUUGAUGACUAUUUUCAAAAACGAGGGCUUCUUCGGUGCAUACAAAGGCUUGACAGCGAACUUAUACAAGAUUGUUCCAUCGAUGGCGGUAAGUUGGGUCUGCUAUGAUACGUUGAAGGCUGCCAUUGCCGAUUGGUGA